AUGUCCCCCUCUGGUUUCACGAGCAAGGCCAAGCAGAAGGGACAAGAGACCAGAAGACAAAAAGAAGCCGACUUUGCCGGUUUGGAGGUGUGGUUUCUGCUUGCCAAGCUUUUUCGUUUUGACGACGAUCUGGACAGUAGCGGCUGUCAGGGCGAUGGGGGUGGUUUCUUGGCCAAUAGUCCACAGAAGUGUAGACGGCCCAUCCGUGGUGUUUGUAUUUUAUUACCAUACCUACAAAAGACCCUCGUCGUCGUCAUCUGCACAGGCGGCGCGGGUGCCCCGGAAAAGGCGUUCGGUGAGGAAAAGCCUGUCGCCGUUGCUCCUGCCCUCUUCGAUCGGAGGGAGGGAGCCGUGUCCGCGGAAACCGGAGAGGCUGUGUUGGGGGAUGAAACCACGGAUUAG